AUGUCCGACGACAGAGCGUUUUCACCGCUGGCGCAGCAAAAUAGCCCUCGUUAUGACCGUCGAGACGGUGAAGACCGGGGGGAAAGACAAGGCGAGCGGGAAGCCAUCUUGGAUUUGAAUCAAUAUAAAGACACGCGGAUUAUCGUCAAGUUCAUUGGUGGUAGACAAAUCGUGGGGACGCUUAAAGGGUUUGACCAAUUGAUGAACUUGGUGUUGGAUGAUGUUGAAGAGACUCUCCGAGACGUACAUGACGACACGGUGUUGACGGAGGCCAAGCGCCAGCUAGGAUUCGUUGUCGUGAGAUGCACAUCAUUGUUGACGAUUGCACCUGUCGACGGCACGCACGAGAUUCCCAACCCGUUCCUCCCUCCCGAACACCAACAAUAA